AGGGGAGGCGGUUGUAGGGCUCGUGCUCGUACCGGAUCCUGGGCUGCCUGGGGGGCGCGGAGACUCAGGGGGAGGAGACGGCGGCGGCAUGGCGGCCGGGUGUAAGACUCCCAACUCUCCUCUUCCCCGCUGUCGCCGUCGCCGCCACUGGGGUCGCUGGGACCCUCUAGUCUGCGUCUGUUAGUUGUAAGCUCGCCGCCCGUUUGUCAACCCACUGCUCCACCGGCCCUCUUUCCUUUCGCCGCCUCUACCAGCCCGAGGGUCGAGCCGGCGGGAUAACACCCUCCCACCCCACCCACCGCAGGCCGGGACCAUGGAGGACGUGAAGCUGGAGUUCCCUUCCCUUCCACAGUGCAAAGAAGACGCUGAGGAAUGGACCUACCCUAUGAGACGAGAGAUGCAGGAAAUUUUACCUGGAUUGUUCUUAGGCCCAUAUUCUUCUGCUAUGAAAAGCAAGCUACCUAUACUACAGAAACAUGGAAUAACCCAUAUAAUAUGCAUACGACAAAAUAUUGAAGCAAACUUUAUUAAACCAAACUUUCAACAAUUAUUUAGAUAUUUAGUCUUGGAUAUUGCAGAUAAUCCAGUUGAAAAUAUAAUACGUUUUUUCCCAAUGAGUAAAGAAUUUAUUGAUGAGAGCUUACAAACUGGAGGAAAAGUUCUUGUGCAUGGAAAUGCAGGGAUCUCCAGAAGUGCUGCGUUUGUUAUUGCAUACAUUAUGGAAACGUUUGGAAUGAAGUACAGAGAGGCAUUUGCUUAUGUUCAAGAAAGAAGAUUUUGUAUUAAUCCUAAUAUCGGAUUUGUCCAUCAACUUCAGGAAUAUGAAGCCAUCUACCUAGCAAAAUUAACAAUACAGAUGAUGUCACCACUCCAGAUAGAAAGGUCUUUAUCUGUUCAUUCUGGAACCACGGGCAGUUUGAAGAGAACACAUGAAGAAGAUGAUGAUUUUGGAAAUAUGCAAGUGGCGACUGCACAAAAUGGCUGACUGAAGAGCAAAAUUAUAGAGUGUGAAUUUCUAUUUGGGAAGGAGAAAAUACUAGAGACAAUAAUGAUGUAAAAUGGUAAAAACAAGUAGUUUCUUUUCAAUUAUAUGUUGCUUCCAGACAUGUUUCUCUGCAACUUGUUAAGCAACAUUUUAAGAUGCUGGACUUCUGCAACAGAUGGCACUGAUGGUUAUACUCCUUUUUCUGUUUUAAAAAAACACUUUACAAGUUUUAUUAUAAACCAAGAAUUUUGGACUUGCAAAGAGGUAUUAUUGCAAUAAUGCACUUUUCAUACUUGAAAUUUAUUUGUAUGAUAUAAAGUUAUUACUUUAAACAAAAUGCAAGUUAGAGGGGAUUUGUUUAUAAAGUUUGGGUAAUUUAUAACAAGAAUUUCCUAAGGUUUGCUAAAAAUUCAUUUUUUGUUCUAUAACAUUUUAAAAAUAAUUUUACAGUUCAGUUUUAUGAUGGAGCCUCUUACAGAAACAUUAACAAAAUGCAGGAAUCUGCCACAUUUCUUUUUUAGUGUAAGUCAAUAGCUUAAUUUUGUUUUUUAAACUUCUUGACCCCUUAAUGAUCUUUAAAUCAUGACACUACCCAACUGUCUCUACUUUAACAUGGUCUAAUUACUGCUUCCUGUUACCUUCCUAAUUUGUUUAUCCUAUAGAAAAAAAACACCAAGUUUUAAUGAUAAAAGGAAUGUGUUUAGCUUUUAAAACAAGAAUAGUGUUAGAUUUUCAAGUGACUUUCCUUUUUGUUUUUUGUGGUUUUUUUUUUUGUGGUAACAGCCAAAUGUCAUAUUUGUUCUUUUCAGUGUUGACCAGCUCUUUUUCUUGUGUCCAAAAUGGUUCUAAAUACAAUAUAAUAAACCAAUGUAGCACUAAUUUUUUUCUAAAUGAAGCCCAAAAAAGAAAAGUGCCUUGCAUCAUUAAAAAUAAUAAUCAAAUCCUCAUGAUCUCUAAAUUACUAUAUAGAACAGUGAAAAGAUCUUAAUAUUUUUCUGUAAUUUCUUGUUAAACCGUAAACUAGUUAACUGAAAGUAUGAGGCUUGAAGAGACUUUAGUAAAUUAUUUGGAAUAUGGAACACAUUUACUCCAUUUUUUGUUGUCUUCAUGAUUCUGUGAGAUUGUUCCAGCUCAGACAGAAGCUUUUCUUUGAACAUGCAUUUAUUGGGGAAAGUGAUUGUGGGAGACUCUAGUGUACUUUCAAUUAGCAUUUUAAUCAGUUCUUUACAGUCAGUUAAUCCAAACUUCCCCCAUAAUUUUCUUUAGCGAAGUCACUUUAUGGAUCUUUGGUUCUCCAUGUUUUUAUUUAUAUGUAUAAAAAUUGUUCUAAGAGAAACAUUUUUGCUAUUUUAAGUAAGAUGUGAGGGAAGAGAAGAGUGUUUUUAACUUUUUAUAGUUGAUGACUUUAGGGUAGCACAAACAAAACUCCUUUGUAUCUCACUUUUCUCAGUCCUCUCUUGAGGUGCUUUACUGAUGGGAAUGAUUUCUAUGCAUUCCUGUGGUCACCAAGAGGCACUAUGCAAAGUAACCUAUUACACCAAGUUACUUGCUUUGCAUUCCUCCCUAUGAUGUAAUAAUAUAGUAAAAGCUUUUUUAUCCAACAUAUGGGAGAGUGAAAAUUAAAAUUGCUGUUAAUUAAGAGUUAAUUACUGUUGACCCAGGUGGUAUUCCUCUUCUGAUUUCCCUUCCCUUCUCUUAGCACCCAGAAAAUAUAUUGUUAAUCCCAUUGUGGUCCGGUAUUCUGUUGUGUGAUUAGGUCAUUUGGUGUACAGUGGUCUAGUGGAGUCAAGAUUUGUACUGAGUGUUCAAAAAUUCCAGUUGGUAAAGUUACCAGAUAACACAGCUUUCCUGUAUAUAGAUCACUAUUGGAUAGGUCAGCAAAGAUCUCUUAUAAUCUAAUAAUCUGUGAUGCUUCAUUCAGCAUAAACUCAGCUUAAAAGAAUUGUCCUAAUAGUGAAUUUAGGUUUUAAAAAUGAGGCAGUUAAGAUUUUUUUGGAUACGUUUCAUAAACAUAUCUUCUAGUAUGGUCAAAAAUACAUAUUUGGUUAUGAGUAUUAUUUUAUAGCUGGUAAUUUUCCACCUUUUCUAACCACUAUAAUAUUUAUGUUGUCACAAAAGUGCCUGCCCAGCACUGUAUAUUAAAGAUAGUCUCUCACAAACACUAGAAAAAGGGACUGUCAUCAUCUAGAAUACAAUAUUAAUGUGGACAAAACAUGAGGUUUAUUCUUUCUUUCAUGUAAGAACAUUGCAGAUUUGUUUUUUCUUGAAUCUGUGUUCAACUAGUUGUUCUGAUAGCCUUUCCAUUUCUGUGAUUCCUUUAUAUCCAUUGAUGUUUUGUGAUAGAUAACCAUGAUAAAUUUACGUAAUCAUGAUUUAGUUUCUAGAGUAUUUGAAUAAUGUGUGAGUGACCACCCAGUUUUAACAUUAAAUAUGUAAUCUGGGCACAGAAGUUAAAGUGGAAUUAUAUCAAAACAUAGGGAAACUGCAUUACUGUCCCUUUUGAAAGUAUGAAACUUAAAUAUUGAAAAUACUUAAACUGGAAUGGCAGUGUUCUUACCUUCUUAUUUGAGUUCAUUGGUUCGUGUUAAUUAUCGAUUAGAUGUUUAAACAGCAGUUACCUUUGUUUUUUUGUAUCUGCCCUAUGUUGGAAAUGUUAAACAGUGAUAGCUUUUGCUCCCACCUCUCAACCACUUAACUUUUAGAGCAGAAUAUUCAUUUUGGGAGGAUUUUGUGCUUCAUCUGAGUUUAGAAGUAAUGUCAGAAAAAUGUUAAGCAUGUCCUUUUUAAGAAAAUAUAAGGUUUCUAAUUGUCUUAUUACCAUGGUAAUUCAAGUGAAUUAGAAGUAUUUAACUGAACUCUUGAAUUAUAAAGUUGAGAUGUAUAUAUCAGGAUCUCAACUUGAUGUAAAGUAAAUGAGCAGUUACCUGGCGGAUUUUUUUUUUUUAAAUAACUGGUUUAAUCCAUAAUCCCAUAACAAACAUAGCUUCACUUCAGUAUUUACUUUUUUGUCCAUCCAACAAUGGUCCAAUAAGGAAAUGAUAGGAAAUAGCUGAGAAUUACUAAAAGAUUUUUGUUUCUAGGGUCUUUGAAUGCUGGAUGUUUUGUUUUGUUUUGUUUUGUUUCCCAUCUGUGGCAGCUAAAAAAAAAAAAUCACUCAAUAUUCAGGUUUACAUGUUAGCUCUCUCUCAUAGGGAGUUGCCAUACCUCACAGUUCAAAGUGUAUUCUAUAGAUCAGUAACAUUGUACUGACAUGUAAUUGCAAUUUACUAUGCAGCAAAAAUGAUUCAAGAUGAAAAAUAUAGUGUCUAUUUACCUUUGUAUAGGCAAUUGCUUAAGUUACUCUGCUUUUAACAUUUGUACUUGGAUAAAAUGCUUAUGUAUGUAUAGGAAUGUCACAGUGCAAGAUGCUGCUAGCCCAGGCACAAAGUAUUAAAAUUAUUUUGUGAAGAUUGGUGGUUGUAUUAAAACUGUUGUGCCAUUAUACCUCAAAAAGAUUGAAAAGCUCUUUCAUACUG